AUGGCCGUCAAACUACCUAGUCGACCUAGGACAGCAGGAGAAAUAUUACCUUCCACGGACCAUUCCCAUGUGGUAGAGACGGAGAAAGACGAGGAAGAGGACGAAGAGGAAGAGGAGGAAGAGGCGGAGGCGGGCAGUACCAGUGACUACCACUCUGAAUUGGGGGAAGAAGACUUAAUUCCUCUCACACCAAGUGUCACCGAUUAUCUACAUGGCCUACACAAGCUAAUUAAGCAGCAUGGCCGAACAUAUCAUGCAUUUUGUGAAGGGAAAUACCAUUUGCCAAACGAUGAGCUGGAGAAAGAUAGGAUGGACAUGGUGCACCGGAUAUAUGAACUGGCCUUGGGUGAACUAUUUCUCGCUCCCAUAAGUGAUAACCCUCGGGAUAUUCUUGAUAUGGGAACGGGAACAGGUAUCUGGGCAAUAGAAUGUGCUGACAACUAUCCCAGUGCGCUGGUUCGAGGAAAUGAUUUGAGCCCAAUCCAACCUUUCUUUGUUCCAUCAAAUUGCGUUUUUGAGAUUGACGACUUUGAGGAAUGGGGAUUGCCAUAUGAAUUCGAUUUCAUGUCUUCACCCAGCACACCCUUACUCGCCCGCACUCACCCGCACUCACCCUCGCGUCGCGCGACCAUCACUCUUGAAGCGGCAGCAACUCGGAGGCUCGACAUGCGGUUGGGCACGUUGUAUAGUGGCUUGAGUAAGGCCGAGCGGACGGGAAGCCCUAUAUUCCACUAUGUUUCGUAUGUGAUAGGAAGUAAUAGAAUGAGGAUAUCUAGGAGGCAAGGAUUACCUUGA